CCAAGAUGGAGGGGGGCAACAUAAACAAUCAAUUUGUGCAGACAAAAACGUAGAUUUUGUUUCUUCAUUGUUGACAAUCAGAACAUUUCAUUAUGAAAAUCGCUGUUUUAGGUUGUGGCUUGCUUGGUACCAAAAUAGCAGGUGAGCUGGCUUAUCAUGGUCACCGAGUGAAUGUCUGGGACAUCAAUAUUCCGGCUCUAAAUUCCGUGUUUAACGUCCUGGAAGACGACAAGAAACACCUCAGGGAGGACGGCAUUCUGUUUCAGAAGAAUUUUGUGGGUCAGGUCCUGUGUAUGAGCAGACUGGAAGAAACUGUGAGUGAUGCUGAGUUUAUUUUUGAGGCCGUGAAAGAGGAUUUAGAGAUCAAGAAAGAUUUACUGGAAAGGGUGUCACAUGUCUGUAAAAGUGAUGCCAUUAUUGGAAGUAACACACUACGACUAAACAUUGACGAUGUCAUGUCAGGGGUGCUGAACAAAGAGAGAUCACUAGGCCUGCGGUUCCUUUACCCUGUGUAUUACAUUCCUGAGGUGGAAAUAAAUCCCGCUAGUUUCACAGCACAGAAGUCCAUACAGAAAGUUCGUGUGAUGCUGGAAAGGAUGGGAAAGACAUUAUUUUUUAGAUCUGGAAACCAUCCUCUGAUUUUAUCUGAAGAACAGAGAGAAGAAAGAAAAGCAUUGAGAGUAGAACAGUUAUUGAACUCCUCAGGAAUCCCCUGUAUGUUUGAAAAGAAGAUCCCCGUUCUGUCACAUGACGGUAAUGUGGCACCCAUAAAGGAGACCCGCCGUGAGUCUACCACUGUUGACACGGAGUGCGGGAUCUGUAUGAACAAAGCCCGGGAUUGUUUACUGUGUCCUUGUCACCACAUGAUCACGUGUUACGAGUGUUCCAAAAUGUUACACAACCGACGCGACGGAUGUCCAAUCUGUAGAAAAGACAUCACAGAGGUUAUUCGAGUCUAUCAUUCCUAGGGAUGUUACCUCAGACUUUAUACAUGUACAUGUAUCAUAUAUACUAGUCUUAGACUCAUUCCUAAGGAUGAGAUAAAUGUAUCAUCUGAGUGAUCCAAGUUUAUCAUUUGGGAGGAAGACAAAGAUUUAUACAAUCAUGUAUCAUGCUAGUCUUUUCAUCCCAAGGAUAAGAUAAUUGUAUACAGUUCAUGUAACGUGAGUGUCUAUCAAAAUUCUUAAGGAUGAGAUUGAGGUAUAAAUAUAUCAUAAAAGUCCAUAAUUUUUAAGGAUGUCUCAGAUAGAGGUAUACAAAUAAUUACUGUAGAAGUACAUUUUUCUGCGUGGUAUUAAUUUAGGUGAUGUACUCGGUCACAAAUUUUCCGCGGAAAUUUGUCCAAGCGUACUUAAUUAAAUGUAAGGCAUAUAGUGACAGUCUAAGAAAUCCACGUAAUUUUCUACCCGCAGAUUAAACAGAAAUUAAGAUUCCGCGGAACUAUGACCGCAUGGAAAAAAGUACUUCAUUCUACAGUAUUGUUAAAGUCUAUCACUGUUAAGGAUUAGAUACGUAUUAAUAAACAUUUCAUCAGAGUCUAUCAUUCCUAAGGAUAAUGUCGAUUUAUAAUUAUAUUGAUAUUGACGUUAAGUUUUUUCAUUUUGCUGUUCAUUUUACAUAACAUUGUAUUAAUUGUUUAAAAGUUGCAAAGUCUUUCACAUUAAAUAUUUUAUUUUUAGUUA